ACAGCAGGCAGUUUCAACAUCAACAAAUUAAGAGAUCUUUUCCCUAACUAAUGGCAGCCAUUGUUAAGCUCUCUAUCACUCUCCUUCUAGUUACACUUCUCAGUAAAGAUGUUUAUGGUUGUGACUUGAACAAUAUAACUAUUGGAACAAUAAGGAGUGGGAAUGAAAUACAAGGAAAGCCAGAAUGGAACGUUGUUGUAGUGAACAAUUGUGAUUGUCCUAUGCAAAACUUGUUCUUGUCUUGCAAUGAUUUUCAGACAACAGAACCUGUGGAUCCAUCUGUUUUUAAGCCUACAGGAGACAACACAUGUAUUGUCAACAAUGGCAGUUCUAUACAACCAAAGGAUACUGUCAAGUUUUCUUAUGCUUGGGAUCCUCCAUUUUUUCUAAGGCCAACUUCUGUUGUAACUUUUUGCUGAAUGUAGAAUUAAAACGAUUGAAAUUGAAUUCAAGAUUUGGUUUGGUUCUUUAGUU